AUGAGCCUGGAUCACCAGCGUAUCCUCAAGUGUAGAGACUCUUCCCCAAAGUUUGGUGUCAUCAACGAGCUUGGCCAAUCUGUUUUGACACCAGUGUUUAGAUUGUUUAUGAAGACAUUAAAAAAAAAAUGUGAUGAACCAUUAGUCUCGGCAUUGUCCCACUCCUCCUUCAGCAGCUCAUCAUCUGUGGCCAGUAGCUAUUCACCAGGGUAUGCAAAGCUAAACAAAAGAGGAGGGGCUGGAGGUUGGUCUCCAUCAGACAGCGAUCAUUAUCAGUGGCUGCAGGUGGACUUUGGGAACAGGAAACAGAUCAGUGCUAUUGCAACUCAAGGCAGAUACAGCAGCUCUGAUUGGGUGACUCAAUACCGGAUGCUCUAUAGUGAUACAGGGAGAAACUGGAAACCGUAUCACCAGGAUGGGAAUAUUUGGGCAUUUCCUGGAAAUACAAAUUCUGAUAGUGUGGUCCGGCAUGAUUUGCAACAUCCAGUUAUUGCCCGCUACGCACGCAUAGUUCCUCUGGACUGGAAUGGAGAGGGCCAAAUUGGUCUCAGAAUUGAAGUCUACGGCUGCUCAUAUUGGGCCGAUGUUAUCAAUUUUGAUGGCCAUGCUGUGUUGCCGUACAGAUUCAGGAACAAGAAAAUGAAAACACUGAAAGAUGUCAUCUCUCUGAAAUUCAAAACCUCUGAGAGUGAAGGUGUAAUCUUCCAUGGAGAAGGGCAACAAGGAGACUAUAUUACCCUGGAACUCAAAAAAGCAAAGCUCGUCCUUAACCUAAAUUUAGGUAGCAACCAGUAUGGCUCAAUUUAUGGCCACACCUCUGUGAUGACAGGCAGCCUCUUGGAUGACCACCACUGGCACUCCAUUGUCAUAGAACGUCAUGGGAGGAACAUCAAUCUCACACUGGACAGACACAUCCAGCAUUUCAGAACCAAUGGGGAAUUUGAUUACCUGGACUUGGACUAUGAGAUAACCUUUGGUGGCAUGCCUUUUUCUGGGAAACCCAGUUCAAACAGCAGAAAAAAUUUCAAAGGCUGUAUGGAAAGCAUCAACUACAAUGGUAAUAAUAUUACUGAUCUUGCAAAGAGGAAGAAAUUGGAACCAUCUAAUGUGGGAAAUUUAAGUUUUUCCUGUGUGGAACCACAUACGGUGCCUGUCUUUUUCAAUGCUACUAGUUACCUGGAGGUUCCUGGUCGCCCAAGUCAGGAUCUGUUUUCAGUCAGUUUCCAGUUCAGAACCUGGAACCCAAACGGACUUCUUCUCUUCAGCAACUUUGCUGACAGACUGGGUAAUGUCGAGAUUGACUUGACUGAAGGCAAAGUCAGUGUUCACGUCAAUGUCACCCAAGUCAAGAAGAACAGAAUAGACAUCUCAUCAGGCUCUGGACUCAAUGAUGGGCAGUGGCAUGAAGUCCGGUUCUUAGCUAAAGAAAAUUUUGCUGUGCUCACCAUUGAUGGAGAAGAAGCCUCUGCAGUUAGAACCAACAGUCCUCUGCAAGUUAAAACUGGGGAGAAAUAUUUCUUUGGAGGAUUCCCAUCACUGGUGAAUGACUCAGAUCGCUCCCAGCUAUCUUUCCAAGGAUGCAUGCAGUUCAUUCAUGUGGAUGACCAACCUGUAGACUUGCAUGCAGUGGAGCAAGGCAAGCUAGGAAGCUUUGCAAAUGUAAUCAUCGAUAUGUGUGCCAUUAUUGACAGGUGUGUGCCAAAUCACUGUGAACAUGGUGGUAAAUGCACCCAAACCUGGGACGGCUUCAAGUGUACGUGUGAUGGAACUGGAUACAGUGGUGCCACUUGUCAUAAUUCUCUUUAUGAACUCUCCUGUGAAGCAUACAAACACUUGGGCAAACUCUCAAAUCAGUACUGGAUAGAUCCAGAUGGCAGUGGGGCACUGGGACCUUUGAAAGUUUACUGCAACAUGACAGAGGACAAAGUGUGGACAACUGUGAACCAUGAUUUGCAAAUGCAGACUCCUGUGAUAGGCAACAGCCCAGAGAAGUACUCCGUACUGCAACUUAAUUACAGUGCCACCAUGGAUCAGAUCUCUGCCAUCACCAAUAGUGCUGAGUACUGUGAGCAGUACAUUUCUUACUCCUGCAAGAUGUCAAGGCUCCUGAACACCCCAGAUGGGAGUCCAUAUACCUGGUGGGUUGGAAAAGCCAAUGAGAAGCACUACUACUGGGGUGGCUCUGGACCUGGAAUUCAAAAAUGUGCCUGUGGCAUUGAACGCAAUUGUACUGAUGCCAAGUACUACUGCAACUGUGAUGCUGACUCUAAACAAUGGAGAAAAGACACUGGGCUCUUAUCUUACAAAGAACAUCUACCCUUGAGUCAAGUAGUGGUUGGAGAUAUUGACCGACCUGGAUCUGAAGCUAAAAUAACUGUGGGUCCUGUGCGCUGUCAAGGAGACCGAAAUUAUUGGAAUGCUGCAUCUUUCAUUACUCCAUCAUCCUAUCUUCACUUCUCCACAUUCCAAGGGGAAACCAGUGCAGACAUCUCCUUCUACUUCAAAACUUCAGCCCCUGAUGGAGUGUUUCUUGAAAAUCUGGGGAACACAGACUUCAUCAAACUUGAGCUAAAAUCUACUACUGAAGUGUCCUUUUCCUUUGAUGUUGGAAAUGGCCCAGUGGAAAUUGUGGUCAGAUCUCCCAACCCACUCAAUGAUGACCAAUGGCACCGAGUCAAUGCUGAGAGGAAUGUCAAACAAGCCAGUCUGCAAGUAGAUCAGCUGCCUCAGGAGAUCCGGAAGGCACCCACAGAAGGCCAUACACGAUUGGAACUAUACAGCCAGUUAUAUGUUGGUGCUGCAGGAGGCCAAAGAGGAUUUCUGGGAUGUAUUCGCUCCUUAAGAAUGAAUGGGGUGACUCUGGACUUGGAAGAGAGAGCAAAAGUUACUCCUGGGGUGAAACCUGGCUGCUCAGGUCAUUGCACCAGCUACGGAAUGUACUGUGAGAAUGGAGGUAAAUGCGUUGAGAAGUACAACGGCUACUCAUGCGACUGCUCCAGUACUGCAUAUGACGGACCAUUUUGCAUAAAAGAUGUUGGAGCAUUUUUUGAAGAGGGGAUGUGGCUCAGGUACAGUUUUCCAUCCCCAGGGACCACUGCAAAAGACUUAGCCAGUCGAACUCUAUUGAGCUCUACAGACACUGAGGCUACUGUGCCAGACAUCAGUUUGAAUGCAGAGGAGCUAAGUUUCAGCUUCAGUACCACAAAAUCCCCCUGUGUCCUCCUGUACAUCAGUUCUUACAGCCUGGACUACAUGGCAGUGCUUGUCAAGCCAUCUGGUAACCUACAGAUUCGAUACAACCUGGGAGGUACAAGAGAGCCAUAUAAUAUUGAUGUAGACCACAGAAGCAUGGCAAAUGGACAGCCACACAGUGUUAACAUCACACGGAAUGAAAGGGACAUAGUCCUGCAGCUUGAUCACUAUCCUCCAGCACGUUACAACUUGCCGACAGCAUCUGACGUUCAGUUCAACUCCCUGAAGGCACUCUUCCUUGGAAAAGUUAUAGAAACUGGGAAGAUUGACCAAGAUAUAUAUAAAUACAAUACACCUGGAUUCACUGGCUGCCUGUCCAGAGUGCAGUUCAACCAGAUUGCCCCCCUCAAAGCAGCCUUGAGACCUACCAACACCUCCUCCCACGUCCACAUUCAAGGGGAGCUAGUGGAAUCCAACUGCGGAGCAUCUCCAUUGACAAUCCCACCAAUGUCGGCUGCUACGGACCCUUGGCAUUUAGAUUCAGCCAGUGCUGAUUUCCCAUACAAUGGCCAAGCUAUAGGAGAUGGAGUUAACAGGAACUCGGCCAUUAUAGGAGGUGUCAUCGCUGUUGUGAUCUUUACCAUCCUUUGCACACUUGUGUUCCUGAUACGCUACAUGUUCCGUCACAAGGGGACCUACCACACUAACGAGGCCAAAGGGGCGGAGUCUGCCGAGAGUGCCGAUGCAGCCAUCAUGAACAAUGACCCCAACUUUACGGAGACUAUUGAUGAAAGCAAAAAGGAAUGGCUUAUCUAAAAGUGUGUGUAUGGGGACGAGGGGGGUUGGCAUUAUGGCUGGGGUGGGAUUGGGGAUGACUCUUUCAGUGAGAAGAAAACACUCUACUUUGGACUCUUGAGCACAUCUACAGUAAAAAGAUCAGCACAACUGGAGAAGCAAGUGACAGACAAAACCGUUGAGAUUGGGGGGGGAAGAAUAACACACUAGCAUUUAAGAAAAAUACCUUUUAAUAUUCAUUUACAAUGAAUUGCCCCUUCUGUAUCCAAACAACAACAACAAAGAGCAGCUUUUAGAGCCUCAGCAUUGGUUAAAAUGUGUCAAUAAUACCUGUCUUUCUGUGUGUGUUUUAGAGGUGUUCUAAAUUCCCAUAAUGAUAACAGGGCCAAUUUUUUACAUUUUUUAAAAGCCCUUUAGAAUGUGGAUAUUUUUGUCUUGAGAACGGCAGACAAGUCCAAUUUUCUGUGUUCUUUUCUUUCACACAUGGUCAAUUCUAGACAGGUUGCCAUAAUCCCCAGGUCUUGUUCAUAAAAUGUUACAUUUGGUGUUGUUUGAAUUGGGGGGUCAAAGUGUUGGGGGGGGCAGGGAAAAGAGGAUUGACGCUUAUUAAUAUCUGUCAAUUUUCAAAAUGCCACCAACCUGUGCCAACACUGUAAGAGUUCAUCUUUGACACAGGCACCUAAAAAUGUUGAUUGUGUACAGUACUUAUCAGCAAUGUAAAAAUACUAUUAUUAUUCUUUCUAGCAGAGACGCUUAUCACAAAGCACAGGAAGCUUAUUUUGUUUUGUUGUUCAAAUCUGAAGGAGGAUGAUACUGUUCGAGUGUGUAGACCUAGUCUGUUUUCUGUAUCUUUGGCUAUGACACUGCUGACCUGAGGUCACAUGCCAACUUAAAUUCAGCUCUACCUGUGAUUAUAUUGGCGUAUACUGUACUUAGGCAUAAGCAUUGUAGUAGGGAAUUAGAGCCAAACUUUACUGUUUGUUUGCUUCUGUUUCUUUUUUUAAUAGGCUGUCGCAGAAAUUAGUACAGUUCUAGUGAAUGCAUUUGAUCCAACAGACUUCACGUAAUACUUUUUUCUGUCCUUGGCAUACCAAUUUGGUUUGUUCUUUAAAUCUCUGGUUUAAAUCCCUUUGUGAAGAAGGCCUCUGUAGCAGCAUUCUCACAGGCAGUAAAGUAAAGCAACAAGAGGCUUGGACAACUCUGCUCAGAGUGCAACAGCCACACAAUGUUACUAUUUAAUAUAUACAGAUUGGCCUGACUAAUUUCGUUCUUUGUAAGGUAAUUUUAAAGAUGGCAAAGGCAAUAUCUAGCACUUCAGGGAACACAGUCUCUCAAACCAGCUGAAUUUCAGCUUGUCGCUGUGAAGGAGGCAGUCAGUUUGCAGUAAUGGUUAGCAGUAGCCUGAAUAGCUAAUAUCAUCUUUGAUGGCAAUAAAAUGGCUUUGGCUUCCCCACUGCAGAGGAACAGGGUUCUCCAGUGAUCUGGUUUGAACGAGACGUAGGGCCUUAUGGGUAGUUGUGCAGUGGAACAGAAUGUAGAUAUGAAUGUAUUGCAGGGCAUUUACUGUGCAUUUAAACAGAACCAAUACCAAGAGUUUCUUGUGGAAAGGAUUUAUGCCUGUGGCAUUUUUGGAUUCACAUAACCUUAUAUAUUUACAGUUUUGGCAUGCACAGCUUUAACCCACUCCUACAGUACCUGCUUGCAAGGAAGACUUAUUUGAAAUUCAAAUGAACUGUAAUCUCAUGAACUGAGCAGUGCUGUUCUUUUAAUUUCUCUCUUCCUUUUUGCUUUGUAUGUUCAAUUAUGCUAGUUGAUGCUGUAAAGUGAAAGGAGAUUUAAAAAAAAAAGUUAGAGAAGAAAUAUUAGAGCAUUUCAACUUUUCUUUGUAUUUCUAAGUCUCAUUGUUUCUUCCUCGUUUAUAAACGCAGUUUGCCAGACAAGACGACAAAGUUGGAGAGUCUGGUUUAACAAGUUAAACCUAAAGUCCUUUGCAUCACAAACUGGGCUUGCCGAAUCACUAGCGAACGUAAUAUCAAACCCACUGAUUUCUUCGGGGUAUGGAUUUGGACUCAGCAUGUAAACAUGGCCAGUUUUUAAAAAAAUCAGUGACUUUUUUCUCAGGUAACUUUACAGAGGUGAGGUUCCAGUUGGAUGGGAAACUAACUUUGCUCCUCUUGUGCUUAGCACUGCUCUGCUUCUAGGAUUAUCAUCUAUCUCUCACUCUCAGCUGAGUGGAAGAGUCUUUAAUCCUGUUUGAGACUAGGGGAUAAAAGAAGAACCGCUUCUCUUGGAAAGCCUCAAAACAA